UCCCUUGUCAUCCACAACACCGUCAGAAAACAGGAAGGAGAUCUGGGAACAUCGGGACAGCCUUCUCGCACGUCGGAAUCGCAAAACGAGGAGAUCAAGUAACCUCAGAGCAAGCUGCUCGCAAGUCGUCGCCACAACGGAUCAUGGGUGUUCUUGGUGCCCUUGCUAGAAAUCUGGACGCCCUUGUUGGGCCGGGGGUCAUGCUCCUUUAUCCUCUCUACGCGUCGAUGCGCGCGAUAGAGAGCCCUUCCACCCUGGACGAUCAGCAGUGGCUCACCUACUGGGUCCUCUACUCCCUGAUCACCCUCUUCGAGCUCUCCUGCUGGAAAGUCCUGCAGUGGUUCCCGCUGUGGCCGUACAUGAAGCUGCUCUUGUGCUGCUGGCUGGUGCUGCCCAUCUUCAACGGCGCGGCCUACAUCUACGAGGCGCACGUCCGGCGCUACUUCAAGAUCGGCAACUACGUGAACCCCUACUACAACGAGCGCCAGCGCCGGGUGCUGCAGAUGAUGAGCCUCGACGCCCGCAAGUCCGUCGAGCGCUUCAUCGAGACGCACGGGCCCGACGCGCUCGACAAGAUCAUCCGAGCCGCUGAAGAGGAAGCCAAGAGGACCUAGCUUAGCGUGCGUGCGGGUGAACCGAAGGGAUUCGUAGUUUCAGACUUUCAGGUGGGGUGAAGGCGAAGCAAUCUGAACUGCUCUGCUCCGAUCCGGGUGAAAAACGAACGAAUCGCUGUAUUUCCAUCGGUUGUGUAAUUACCUGUGCAGAAAUGGUGUGCGUGUGUGUUUGAUCAUUUCGUCGGGCUUGCAAAGAUGCCAGUUCCAGAGAAGAUGCCAUGACGAGAGCAUGAUUUGAAUGAAGAAGCUGCGAAUUUGGUGUACGUGUGAAAUCCUUAUCAGUUGAAUUGUACGUGCAUUUCUCUGAAAGAGACAACACAAACUUAUCUGCCCA